AUGGCGGACGAACUCGACACAGAUCGCAUUAAAGACUGGCGAUCGAUCAUCACCCUGAUUGUCUUUGUGCUUGCCAAUAUCGUCGUGCUCUUCCCCUUCCACGUCCCCAUAUACAUUCCUCGCUCUUUCGCAAAUGCGACACUACGUGGACUGAGUACACUGCGAGUGAUUGAAGGCCGUCAAUAUGGCCGCGAUUAUGGCAACUUUGUGCGCCUCAACUUCCCCUUCAACUUCGUCACAGCGCCCUUGAUUGCAGAUCUCUUCCUUCUGGCCAUCCUGGCAAUUGGACGCAAGGAGGUGCACGAUGGGACCAUCGAGGCUGACAACAUCUCGCCCAUUGAUAUCAUGGUCUUCUUCCUCUCCCUUGCAUACAUCGCCAUCUCCAUUGAUGCGUCGGGCCUCAUCCGGUACCUGGCCUUCAAGGUGCUGCAAAAGGGUGGCAAGGUCGGACAUCGCUUGUUCUUCUAUCUCUAUGCGUUUUUCUUCGUCUUGGGCAGCUUCAUCGGAAAUGAUCCUAUCAUUCUUUCCGGAACGGCGUUUCUGGCCUACAUGACCCGGGUGUCCAGCAAUAUCGUGCAUCCUCGAGCGUGGAUAUACACCCAGUUCGCCGUCGCCAAUAUCGCAUCGGCCAUCUUGGUGACGUCGAACCCAACUAAUCUUGUUCUGACGAGUGCAUUCCAGAUCAAGUUCAUUGACUACACGGCGAAUAUGAUCGUUCCGGUUGUCAUCACUGCGAUAGUGCUGUUCCCGUUUUUGCUGUACAUCAUCUUCGCCGACGAGUCGCUUGUCCCGUUAUCAAUCGAGAUGCACGAGCUUCCGGAGGACGUGAGAUCAAAAAAGCCAGUUAAUCCUAAUAUCCCAAAUGCCCGUGGGAAUGCAGAAGAGCAGGAGAAAGAGGCGGCGAACGGCGAGGAAGACAAACUGUUAUCACUCGAAGAGAUCCUCAACCCUUUUCUCGACAAGAGAGGAGCGGCCUUUGGUGCCGUCAUAAUGGCUGCAACACUCAUUACCGUGCUGGCUCUAAAUGCAGCGAGUCAGGGCCACACCCAUCCUGUCUUUUGGGUCACUCUGCCGGCUGCGUUUGUCCUCUUUUGCUGGGAUAUCGCAUAUGGGUGGCACCACCGCCAUGAGACGCGCAAGAUCGCACGGAAAGGCCGAGAGGACGUGGAACGUAUGCGGGCGCAAGGGAUUCCGCACGAUGAAGAGAUGGCUACAGACAGCUCUGAUCCCCAGUCCACAGGCGCGUUGAGCGUUCCUUCGCCAGUGGUGCUCCAUCCGUCAGACCGUGAAGACUCCAUUCCCCCGUCCACUGCAUCGGUCCAACCAUCUCCUAGUCGAAUAAGUACCCUGGAUGAGAAGCAGGGGUUGGGUCUCGCAAAUGUCAAUUCUCUUCUGCCAAACCCGGCCAGUCCUGAAAAGGCAAAGGAGAUGCAGCCACCCUUGGCGGAUGUCAAUGAGCAUAACAAAAACAAGACACUGGAGUCCCUCGCGAUCAGUACCUAUCGAUGGCUGCAAGAGACCUUUCCAACCGUUACAGCUGUAGUGUCACAUAUGCCGUUUCCGCUCGUUCCGUUCGCCUUUGCCAUGUUUAUCCUGGUACAGGCGCUGGCCACCAAGGGAUGGAUUGAGGUCUUUGCAUACGGAUGGGAUCACUGGGUCAACCGAACUGGCACUAUUGGGGCCAUUGGAGGAAUGGGCUUUCUCUCGGUGAUACUUUGCAAUUUCGCCGGCACUAAUAUCGGGACAACCAUCCUUCUCUCACGAGUGGUCCAGACGUGGCAGUCGAUCCACGAGGCAAAUGGCACUCCCAUCAGUGACCGAGCCUUCUGGGCCACCGUCUACAGCAUGGCUCUCGGUGUCAAUUACGGGGCAUUCAGCACGGCUUUCAGUGCCUCUCUGGCUGGUCUGUUAUGGCGUGAUAUCCUGCGCCGCAAGCAUAUCCAUGUCCGGAGUUUGGAUUUUGCUAUGGUUAACUUGCCUAUCAUUUCCAUAUCUAUGGCUGUUGGGUGUGCUGUCCUUGUGGGCGAGGUUUAUCUUAUGCGCGACAAUUCUCCGUAUAAUUCGUGA